AUGAAGUCAGCAGCUGCUGGAGUGACGGAUUUUCCUUUUCAAGGCCCUCAGACACAAGAUCACGGUGGUCAGUGUGUGGAGAUCACAGGCAGGCCAAACCAACCCCACCCUGCCCAUCACCAGACCCACUCCAUCCACCCAGCCCAUCACCAGACCACCUCCAUCCACCCUGCCCAUCACCAGACCACCUCCAUCCACCCUGCCCAUCACCAGACCACCUCCAUCCACCCUGCCCAUCACCAGACCACCUCCAUCCACCCUGCCCAUCACCAGACCACCUCCAUCCACCCUGCCCAUCACCAGACCACCUCCAUCCACCCUGCCCAUCACCAGACCACCUCCAUCCACCCUGCCCAUCACCAGACCCACUCCAUCCACCCUGCCCAUCACCAGACCACCUCCACCCACCCUGCCCAUCACCAGACCACCUCCAUCCACCCUGCCUAUCACCAGACCACCUCCAUCCACCCUGCCCAUCACCAGACCACCUCCAUCCACCCUGCCCAUCACCAGACCACCUCCAUCCACCCUGCCUAUUACCAGACCACCUCCAUCCACCCUGCCCAUCACCAGACCACCUCCAUCCACCCUGCCUAUUACCAGACCACCUCCAUCCACCCUGCCCAUCACCAGACCACCUCCAUCCACCCUGCCCAUCACCAGACCACCUCCAUCCACCCUGCCCAUCACCAGACCACCUCCAUCCACCCUGCCUAUCACCAGACCACCUCCAUCCACCCUGCCCAUCACCAGACCACCUCCAUCCACCCUGCCCAUCACCAGACCACCUCCAUCCACCCUGCCUAUCACCAGACCACCUCCAUCCACCCUGCCCAUCACCAGACCACCUCCAUCCACCCUGCCCAUCACCAGACCACCUCCAUCCACCCUGCCCAUCACCAGACCACCUCCAUCCACCCUGCCCAUCACCAGACCACCUCCAUCCACCCUGCCCAUCACCAGACCACCCCCAUCCACCCUGCCCAUAUCACUAUACACCAGCAGGGGCGCAGACACGGCAUGGGCAACACCAAACCCCAGUCAGCCAGCCAACCAACACACAACACAGCCUGA